UUCAAGACAGUUUAUUGAGGAAGCUCAUGCCGUUGAAGAUCUGCAGGAUCAGAAAAGUUAGAGGUAUAAAGUCCUGUAAACCCCCUUCUCUGCUGCAUCAGUUGACCCCUUCCCCCAGCUUCUAGCCUUCUCUGCCUGUGUGUUGAAUGGUAGGCAGGCUCCAAAAGGAGAGUGUAUACUGAGAACCUGGUUGAUGUGUCUCAUGUCACUCUAGUGAUUCCCUGAGGGGAACUGCUGUCCUGGCAAGCAGCCCACCCAGCAGUAAAUUUGCUUCCUGGUAUAAGUGAGUGUUAAGUGGAAUGGGUUGAUCAUCACCUCUGCAGGAGUAACCUUGUAGGCAAGGUAAAGUAGAGCUUUUAGAGCUGUUAGAGCAGGGUAAAGGGAAACUGGCUUCUGGAAGUGCUUUUAUGUGAAAAAUGAAACACUGCGUCAUGUUUAUGCUAUAGACUAGAAUGGCUUUCAGUCCAGCAGUGUAAACUCACUUGCCAUGACUUAUUUCCUUGUAGGUGCUUCUACUUUGCUAAGCUAGAUGUGCACCACUUUAACCUUAUGGUUGGAAGUGAACCGGUUUCAAUACUCUGUGUCUCUGUCCAUAGCUCCUCUAGCUUACACUUUAAAAGCUCCAGAACCAUUAUGAAAACUUAGACUGUUUACGUUUUCCCUCAACUAAUUUUCUUCAUGAUUUGUAAUUAAAUGUUGCUGUGGUUUGCUGCUGUUCCUUUUUUCUCCUGCAUUGAUUUAAUGGGGUUUUGUAAUAAAAUGAGUGGGAACUGAAAGAACAUCUGAUUAAAACUUGAGUUUUAAGUCUUUUUUGGGAAUGAAGAUAGAUAAGAAGUUAUGUUGAGUGUUGGAUCUCUUUCUGCAGUACUCCUAAGGUAGCAUAAGUUUUAAGAGGAAAUCCUGUUGAAACCCCUCCAACCCAAUAAUGCCCUCCCAAUCCCAACUCCCCAGUUUCUGUACGUGAGCUUGAGAAUUAUAUUUUUACACUAUAUAAAAUUGUAGAUAUUUCAAUAGCUAAAGUUACAACUUGAUUUUCAACAAUACCUGUUAAAAGCAACUUGCUUUGAAAGGAGCUGUAGUUUGUAUGUGUAGUUUUAAACAUAUAGAUCAGGGAAAUACUUUAAUGUCUCUCACCUAUUUAAGAUGUCUGGGUUUUUUUUUUCUUCUUGGUAAAUAACUUCUGGAGAGUCUUCAAAGAGUAGAUAUUGAAGCAGCCCACACUAAUACAAUUAUACUGUGGGGUGUGCCAGAAUCUCCUUUGGGUAUUAGAGCCCGUUUGUGCCAAUCACUCACAAGGCAUUUUACUUGUUAGACCUAGUAAGGUGCUCUAAUGUUAAUUAAAACCCCUUUAAAUGAGGGAUGGGUUGCUCUUCAAUGAGCCAAAAGGCAAAAGAAAGCUGAUGUGCAGUGUAGAAGACUUACCAGUAAUUUAUCAUUCUCUGCUGUGUGGGGAUUUAUUGUACUUGAAAGCUAAGACAGAAACUGUCCUCAAAAUAGACUGUAUAGGUUAUCCUUUGUUGUUGGUACACAGCCUGAGAACAAUCCCUUCUGUGCUACAACACCAGCCUGGAAGGGUGAUUGACAUCUCUGCUUUUCAAGAGAAGUGUCAAAUUUUAGAGCAUUGCUCAGAGGGUAUGAAGGCUUCACUUUGCCAUCUGCUGCUGCAUAUUCCACUGGUGACCCAGUGGCCAUAUGUGAGAUCAUCCUGAAAGCUUUGACACCAGCUCCUCUCUGAGACCCCUCGUUCACUUUUCUAAGUCCCAAAAGGGCACACUGCUUGUUUCAGACAGGGGAGGCUCUUGUUUUCCCGUUAGGAAAAUCUAGUAGUAUGUCUUCAUAAAACUAAAGCAUUAUUGCAAAUAAUGUGUGGUCCUGAAAAACGGCAAACUGGUUCUGUGAUAUGCAACAAAAAUAUGCUGUAGACUCAUCUUAGACUUUGCCCUGGCUUUGUGAGAUGAGACUAUAAAACCAUGUAAGCCUACUAACAGAGAUCCCUUAAAAACUGCUUAAUGGGUAUGGGGAGUAGGGUUUAUAUGGUCAGGAGUCAUCGUGUCUUCUGGUAAGCAUGUGAUUAUUUAAGUUGAAUGAGAGACAUGAGGAGGAGUUUGUUAGGUUUACUUUUUCAUUAGCUCUGAGAACCUCCAUCUCAAGCCUGUUUCUGGUUUGCUGUCUUGCAGGGCUUGCACACUUCUGAGACUCAAAAAAGCUGACAUUUAAAUGUGACAGUGAAGUGUUUUGACAACAAAGGAGAUCUUUUAGCAGGCUAGACAAAAAUUCCUUUCAGCUGCACAGCUUUUACUUUCACUUUUGGAUGACCAGUUUGCCCAGUUCUCAGUUGGUUGCUGUGCUUUUCCAAGUGGAGAAAAUUACCUUAUCAAUAACCAUCCUUGUUAAUUUUUGGAAUUUUUAAUACUAAUGCUGAAUAAAAAGUGUAAAUGAGAGGGUAAGAGGCAGUGAAACAUACCUGUGGGGGGUUUUUUUGGCACCAUCAAAGUAUAUUUCCUUUCUCCAGUACUUGUUUGGAAAAUUUGUAGAAGUGGAUGUGUGUAUCUGAUGGCUGGACUUGAUGCAGUUCUAAUCUGUAUUUCAGGUGUGUGAAUCAAGCUCUCCUCACUGAAUCAUCGCUUUCGUUGUACUAACUUGACAACCAUUGUAUGCUUGUGUCAACACCAGACCCAAGGUGCUCCUGAUCAACCAGAUUUUACGGGAAUUUUUUAAAAAGAAACUGCAGUGGGUAAAAGAUGUGCCAUGGAAUGGUAGCACCAAAGAACAACACAGGAUCGUCUCUUGCCUUGACUAGCCAUGGAUUAUUUAUUCUGCUAGUUACCUUUGGUACAUUUAUCUUGGAAGCACAGGCCACAGGUUGGCUCAGCAAAUCCAAAGGACCUGCAUAUUGUCCCCAGCCACCACAGCCUGAGAAUGGAGGCUAUAAAUGCCACCCUAGCCCCUGCAACAACCCUCUGACUUCAGGCAGUGUCAUAGAGUAUCAGUGCAUUGAAGGCUACAUGCUGAAAGGAGAUUAUAAAUAUUUGACCUGCAAGAAUGGGGAGUGGAAGCCAGCCAUGGAAGUCAGCUGCAGGCUCAGCCCUGAAAAGGACUCUCCUCCAACAAUUGGAGUGCCCACGCUGUCCAUAGUAGCUUCCACAGCAAGCUCUGUCGCCCUGAUUCUGCUCUUAGUUGUGCUGUUUGUUUUGCUGCAGCCGAAGCUGAAGUCAUUCCAUCAUAGCAGGCGAGACCAAGGUGUGUCUGGAGAUCAGGUCUCUAUCAUGGUGGAUGGUGUCCAGGUGGCCUUGCCAUCCUACGAAGAAGCAGUGUAUGGCAGUGCAGGGAACUGCAUUCCACCCUCAGACUCCCGAGUGCAGAUCGUGCUCUCGGAGGGAGCUGGACAGAACGGAGCCAGAGAGAUGCAGCAGCAGGACCAAGGGGCUCGUGGUAGCUUUGAAAGAGAAGAUGAAGCUCCUGGACAUUCUGGACUGUGUGAAGCGAGUGGCUCUCAGCGCUCUGAAACUGUCCUUGUGCAUCAGGCUGCUUCCUCUUCCUGGGUAGCUGACAUGGCUAGCAGUAGGCCUGUACACAAAGAGGUUCAAGAUUCGGAAAGCAGUGACAUACAGAGCCUUUUAUCACUCACUUCCUCUGAGGAAUACACAGAUGAUAUUCCCUUAUUGAAGGAAGCAUGAGGCCUGCUGUGUUUGUCUAGCCUUGUCCCUCUUGGAUUUCUUCCUCCUCCUCUCCCCCUGCCUUUGGGACAGAAGCACUCUGUGCAGCCUUCCCCAUCCUUGCGAGCUGUGCCCUGGAUACCUCCCAGCAGAGAAGCCCUCAGCUGAAUAUCCAAAGGAUGUCGCCAGGUUGCCUCCUGGAUGCACCAGUGAAGUUGGUGCAGCACUGGCUUCCCCAUUCCAUCUGCAUCAGGGGCUCAAGGAACAAAGUGGAUUUGAGCUCUCCUUCCCUCGUCCCCUGCCAGAUGUUUGACAGCAGUCUCUGAAGAGCUGCUUUUUUCUUGUGCCUUUCUCCUCCUCACACCGGCUUGUUGCAGCUUAUCGGCCUCUCUAGUCCUUCUGCUGCCCAGAGAGCAGGGGCUAAAACUGCUCGCUCACUGGGUGCAGACACAGUUUAUAUAUACGUAUAUAUGUUAUAUAGGCUCUUCUUCCAGCAUCCUCUGUGUCAUAGGAUAGGACUAAACGCCUUGAUGGGACUGAAGCUGGGCUUGGGAGGGAUCCCAGUUAAGGGGCAGCUUGUGAUAUCUAGAAGCGCCUCAGAUGAGAUGGGCUGUGCGACAACUUAGCUGUGCAAUAACAGUUCAUUGGGACUUGCUAGAGUGCUGAAGGCUGUGAACUCCAGUGUGUGGGAAUGCCCUCUGCCCCUUCUCAAAAACCGUCUCUGCAGGAGUCCAUUCCCAAAAAUUACUUUUGUCUCCUCCUUCCUUCUCUACCUGUGCAGCCCACAUGUUACACAUGUUCCUAGAAGCUGGGACUGUCCUGCCAAUAAAACAAACCCUUUCAGCUUUGGUCUGGUGCCAGAGCAGCUACUGAUCUAAGGUUGUAAAAGAGCCUUGGAGAGUGGCCAGUGGGUAGCAGGGUCCAGAAAGCUUGGAGGGUGUGACUUUCACUUUGCUAACCCUGUGUUAACUGUGAGUUAGCCCUUUCACUGAGGCAUCAGGACUGGAACCAAAUUUGUGGCCCUGCUUUUCUAAAUAAGCUGUGUGUUUCAAAGCUUUUUCAUUUAAGGUAGUUCUGCACUCAAGCUUAGGUUCCUUUUGGUCAGAUCUUCAGGCAGAGGCAAUGCUUGAAAGUAGUUCAGGUAUUUGAAAAUGUCAAGAGAAAAAAAUGCCUGUAGGUAGUGAAUGCUUAGUGCCAUUGGUACAAUCCCAAAAUACCUUUGCAGCCACACUCGGUACCUCGGUACUUUAAUCCUGGGUAGCUGCCAUCUCAGGGGCUAGUUUAUCUUCCUAACUUCAUACAGCAAGAAUCUAUUUUAUCCUAAUGGGCUUCAGUGGGCCCACAGAGAAGGGCUUCUUCCUUGUGGCUGGGUGUAAGCAGUAUUUAUAAAGUCUCUCCUAAAUACAACAAACACAGUUGCCUGUUGCUGUGAGGGAAGGCUGGAUACAUUGAAAGCAGUGCCAAGAGGACACCAUAGCUUAUUCCAUAACCUAAGUUUUGAAGAUUGUUUCAAGUUCUGGUAGCAGGGAAAAGAAAAUCCAAAAAUAAGUAUACCUCUGCCCUCCACAGUUCUCUGUACCAGGUCAGAAUGUCCCGGUUGCUGUCAAUAGGACUUUUGUUUUGCAGGAAGCCACAUUUGUCUGAGGUAGGCAGUCCAAUGACAAGCUUUGUGGUGCUUGUAAGGUUCUUCACCACGGAGGUCUGGAUGCUGUGUUCCAUGGGAUUGGUUUCAGCAAGAAGAGUUGGCUUCUUAGAUGCAUGUACCUUGUCCUAACUGUCUUGAAGUAAUUAAGAGGGCGUUUGCCCUGUGAGAAGCUGCUAAAUGUUUGAGUUGGAGCAAAAUAUGGCCUUACACAUCAUGUGGUAAUGUACAGGUAUAUAGGGAUGCUGUCUUUGCUGCUUUGCUUUUUGUUUGUGAUCUUCACCAUCCUCAUCCUUGUUGUUUCAGGAACAUACCAUCACAACACCUUUAUAUGUAAAAAUCACUGUGGCUUAGCUCCAGUUCCUGGAAAUAGGGAUUGGCAUAUAGUAUCCAGACAUGCAUAUGUCCCUGAUAAGCUGUUAAAUCUCAGGAUACCUGGUACAGCACGUGCCUGUGGAUGGAAGAAUCCUAUUUUCCCCAUCUUUUGUUUAGAGGGAAGUUGUCACUUUAAAAAUACAGUAUUUUAAACUUCUUUCCCUAUUGUUCAUGUUACCUUGCAUUAACACAAGGAUUUGAUAAAUCCAGUUUGGGUGGUUUGUGUAAUUUUUGUUCAGUCUGGAUGAUGAAAAUCCCGUAUCAUUUUACAGUGGACUGCAGUGUCUCAGCUUCAAGCACUGUAGAGGGCAAAUACUGUUUGCACAUCUGCUAUUGGAAUUUUAGAAAAGUGUGAGAAAGUUUGUGUUUAGUUUUUAAUUCCUACAUUGGAACAUUCUCUAUGCUUGAGAAAAUUCCCAUUCAGUGGUUUUAUCAGGCCAGAUGCAGGGAUCAAGCAAGUGAAGUGGUAAGGCUGAGGGAGCGUGGAGGGAAGAAUGUGACUUCUUUCCUGCUGCCUAACCAACUAAAAACAGAAGGAGUUGCUCUUCGAUGCAUUUAAGGUCCUGUCUACUCAAACUGACCCCAGCAGUCAAGAUCUAGAAGUUGAGUACAUGCUGCCUGCCUGCAAGGGACAGUCCUUACCUUAGUGUUAGCACUGGGGGGUGGUGGGAGAAUCCCGUAAGGAAACUGAAAGCUGAUCCUGAGGCCUGACCUUGCCCUAGAUGAGCACCUGGUCUGCCAGCAGAAAGCACAUACUGUGUGGCCCAGCCUCCUCUCCCUGUAAAGCAAGCAGAUGCCAGUUUGGGAGAGAAAAUUCCAUUUGGGUGGGGAAGAGGAAUAUGCACAGAAGAGGGUGUGCUUUAAUUUUGUUUUGUUUAUAGAAAUUGAGGAAAAUGGCUUUACUAAGGAGGAGGGAAAUGCAGAGGUGGAGGGAAAUAUGCAAGCAUAGGUCUUGUGAUCAGGCAUAAACAGGCAGCUUCUGCUGCUUGCUGAGGGCAAACCAGCAGCUCCCAGGCCAGUCUCUGCUGGUUAACCUCUGCUGGUGCUUCCAGCGCUUGCAGAAGAGCUUGUCCCCUGCAGCAACACCUGUGGGAACUGGCCACAAGGAACCAUGGAAGCCACAACAUGUAAAACAGUUUACGGGCAUCACACUCCUCUUGCCCACAUCCUCAGGUUUGGAGUUUAUUUUCUUAUAAAGUGAGGUAGAGUGGCUGGGGAGAAAGAUGAAAGAUGUCUGCUUGACAAUUUAUUUAUUUUUUCCCAAAGGAGAGGGGGAACAAGGCCUCACUUUACGGAUUAUCAAGUGAUUGCUACUCAUUUGUGUUUGUUUUACUUCUGGGGAGGCUGAAGGAUUGGGAAGCUUUCUGGGCAGAGAUUUAGGAAAAACUAAAUUGCACAGUCCUGUCUUUACUUAUGGGAGCAAGGGCUGAAGCUUAAUGGUCCCUCAGUUGUGAGCUUCUGCUCUGUCUCAGGAGUGGUCAUUACCUCUGAGCAGAGUGUGUUUUCUCUUUGGCUGUUGCCACAGGGAAAUGCAGCCUGGAUCUCAGCAUGGUGAAUGGGAAGCACAGGGGCUCAGCCUUGCAAGAUGUGACUUUUCUUUCCUACCUGUGUCUGGCAAAAGAAUUCAAAGGUAUUUUUUCUUAUUUGGCUCUCCCAACAAAAUCCUCUCAUGUUCUGUCAUACAUGCUGAAUCCUGUGGUACUCGAGGACAUUAAAAUUAUUAAAUUACAUUGGAAAAAUAAAAAUGGCACUUCUUUUAAAGGUUUGUUAUUUUUGAAAUCUGGUAGGUUAAAAAAUUUAAAGGGCAUUUUAGAAAUUCAGAGUACUAUGUGCAAUAGAAGAACCUCCUUGCUCCCUUUCAGUUGCAUAGUUGUUGGUUUUGGUGUUUGUUUUUUUAAAAAUAAAUACAAGCUACUGCAGUGUUUACAGUGCAGGUGUUGCAGAACUUGGACCAAUCUGAGAGAACCAGAAAGUGAAGCUGACAGUAGCCUUGGGGGAAGCAGGGCAGCCUCCUGUCAGGAUCUGCACCCUGAAGUUCAGCUCAAGUGCUUGUGUCAGAGUCUCCUGCCACCUUGAAGAGGGUCAGCACCACUGGUGAGAGAGAUGGGUUUGUUUUAAAUACCUUGCAUCUCCCACUGCAUAAGAGGUAAAAAAUGAAGUCAGGAGGAGAGACAUGCUGCAGCAUGUGAGCCUGUGGAGUUGCUGCUGAGUUUAAACUUGGUGAGUUUGGGGGGGAGAGGAGCUCAAUGCAUUUUUAUCCUUUUUCCAUAGCCACCUGCUCUGUAGAAGAAUGCUUACGUGGCUGCUUGUUGUUACUCCUUGGACAACUUCCCUUGGGUUUCUCCUUAGCCUUUCAGCUAUGGUGUGGUGAUUCUUUUCAUGCAGCUGGAGCCUUUAUUUAGCCUUUCAGCUCGUGGUCAGGUGUGUUAGGAAGAAAUCUGUUGCACUUGUUUUGGGAGGCAACAUCCUAAGAAGCUCCCAGAGGUGGAUGACUUGGGUCAAUACUAAAGAGUGGGACUAAGAGAGCAACAGGCUCAGCUAUUGGAAAUAAUCUGGGAUGGUUACAUCAUUUGCAGCACAGAAAAGGGAACACAAGGCAGAGGGUUAAGGAAGAGCUCUGACUGAAAACAAAGUACACUGCAAGCUAAUGGGGUAAGACAUUCCUGGCCAGGUUGUAAGGAAGCACGUGCUUUGUUUAGAUGAUUUAGCAGACACCAGCAGGCUUGCUGUAUAAAAAAAACAAAUUAACACACAACUGGUUGGACACUUGAGAUUUCCUUGUUGACCUUUUUAGAACAUAUUUGCAAAACCUGAUUUUACUGUCCUGAUAGCAGUUGUUUUUUUAAAAAAAAAAUCUGCCUUAUUACUCUAUCCAGAUAACUAAUUAAAUAUAUUUCAUUUUCUGGUUUCUGUAUGUAAAUGCAAUAAAUCCCAUCCAUUUUGCACAUCCCGCCUCACCCUUCAGUCUUUACCAGGGAACUGCAGAUUGAACUUGCUCUUUGUGAAAACCUUGGUUGGCAGAAGAACUUAAUUAGAAAACAUUUAUUCUCUAUGAUACACUUUGAAAGUGCAGAGAGGUUUCCUAGAGCAGGCUUCAUUUCAAGGCAUAUUUUUAUACAGGAAAUAAGCCCCCUUUCAGUCCUUCAUCCUUUUCUCCUGCCCUUCCACACCAGGACAGAGCAGGCCACUUCCCACACUUCUCCAGGGCCCUGCAUUCAGCACUGCUUCCAAACUCCACCCUCUGCAGAUGAUGUUAUGGAUACAUGUACCCACCAGAAUGGCUUCCACUGACACCCUGCAUAUGCUUUCUGCAAGCUGUUCUUUUGCUGCUGUCCUGGGGUGUACAAGGACAGAAACAACUGAGUUGAGCUGGAAAACAGUUUUGAUUAUUAAAUUUGCUUCCUUCCAAAAGAAGACAAAGUGAAGUUGUCUGUGAAGCAGAUGUCCUAUGAUGCGGUGGGUAGACUGCUGGAAGUUGCUGAUGCAAAUGCAAGGGGAGCUUGAUUGCCUUUGUGCAUUAAUCUUUUCUUUCCCGUAUGUGUUUUAUUUUUAUCUGAAUUGCACCACUAUGGAAUUAUUUGCAGAAUGGUACUCCAUAGAAAUGUGGGAUUUGAGAACAAAACCAUAAUGGAUGCUGUGCAGGAUGUCACUCAAUCGGUUUUAUUUUGCUUUAUUUUAUAUAUAUUUUCUGGUAUCCUGUACAUUGCAGUGGGUGUGAAGAUAGUAUUUUAAUAUUUGUACAAAGUUUAAUUUAAUUGUUCUAUGUAUAUAACUGCAUUUCUAAAUUAAAAAAAAAAGUUCUUUUGAAGUGAA